AUGGCAGGGCCCGUCGCCAAAAAGCAGAAGACAGGCUCAAGGUCACAGGAGUCCUCAGAGCCCCGCAUCACCGACCCUCGCUUUGCCAACAUCCAGUCUGAUCCUCGAUACCGCCUCCCAGGACGGAAGGACAAAGUAAAACUAGACAAGCGUUUCAAACGAGCGUUGCAGGAUGAAGACUUCACGCGGAGAGCAAAGGUGGAUAGGUACGGUCGUCCUCUGACGUCGGAUGCAGAGAAGAACCGGUUGAAGAGAAGAUACGAAUUCGAAGAGGACGACGAGGAAAGCGACGAACCAGACGACGACGACGAAGUCCAGAAAGAACUCAAGAAAUUCGAUCCCCUGCGCGAGACUCGAGAUGAUGAUUCUGCAGCCUCUUCUGACGAGAGUACAAGCGACGAAGAGUCCGAUGAAGAAGAAGCGGAGCUUGACGAGGAAGUUGGUAUAGGAGCGACGCAAACCACAGACAUACCUACUGGCGAAGUGACCUCCCGUAUCGCCAUCGUCAAUUUAGACUGGGACAAUAUCCGGGCGGCCGAUCUAAUGGCAGUCUUCACGAGCUUCCUUCCCUCCACAGGCAGUCUUCUCAAAGUAUCAAUAUACCCGAGUGAGUUCGGCAAGGAACGGCUCGAGCGAGAGGAGGUGGAAGGUCCUCCAAAAAACAUUUUCGCUGCUGAUGGCCACUCCGAAUCGGCGGGCUCUGAAGAUGAGGACGAGGCCGACGACGAAGACAUCAAAAAAUCCAUCCUCCAAGCCGACGAUGGUGCUGAUUUCGACUCCGCAGCCUUACGCAAAUAUCAACUUGAACGACUGCGUUACUACUACUGUAUCUUGACGUUCUCAUCCCCAGAUGUCGCAAAACACAUCUAUGACGCCGUUGACGGCACGGAGUACUUGAGAACGGCGAACUUCUUCGACUUGCGCUUCGUGCCUGACGAAACGGAUUUCUCGACAGGCACACCCAAGGAAGAAUGCACAUCGCUCCCGGGCGACUACAAACCAAACACAUUUGUCACGGAUGCGCUUCAACACAGCAAAGUAAAGCUCACGUGGGAUGCAGAGGACGCUGGGCGUAAGGAGACAAUUGCGCGGGCUUUCAAAGGUGGAAGGAAAGAGAUUGAGGAGAACGAUCUGAAGGCGUACCUCGGUAGUGAUUCUUCUGAGGAUGAAGACGAGGGCGAGGACGUUAAAAUGACCGAGACAGCGGGAGGUGGUGAAGUGUCGAAGAAGGAGGCCGAGCGUCAACGUAUGCGCGCCUUGCUCGGCCUCGCGCCCGAACCGGUGAAGAAGUCGAAAGACAAGCAAAAGGGCCCCAUAGGCGAUAUGCAGGUUACAUUCACAUCUGGGCUCAUGAAGGCCGAAGACGAAGGCGGAAAGAAGAAGAAAAAGUCUGUCUUUGAGAACUCGCCAGAGCCCGAAGAGACGACGGUCGAGAAGUACAUCCGCAAGGAGCGCGAACGGAAACAGAAGCGCAAGGAGAAGAUGAAGGGGUCCAAGGGUGCGGGCGAGGACGACGCCGCCUUUACAAACCCAGAUUCCAGUGCUAUCCAUCAUGACGACAACGCCGUCAGCAAUGGUGGCGACGAGGACCUCGGUUUCGACGACCCCUUCUUCGCUGACGAUGCGACCGAACCCUCAGCUCAAUCCGCCAAGGCUCUCGGCACCAAACUGCGCAGAGAGGAGCGUCUGAAGAAGAGAGCAGAACGCGAAGCCGAGGAGGAGAUUGAGCGCAAACAACGCGCCGAACUGGAACUGCUCAUGGCCGACGACCUAGCUGGUACUGGGGGCGGCGACGGCAAGGACGGAUCGACCAGGAUCCGACACUUUGACAUGAAGGAGAUUGAACGCGCCGAGAAGCAGGCGCGCAAGAAGGGCAAGAAGGCCCACAAGAAGGACAAACGCGGUGGACAAAAUGCGGCCGCUGAGGACGACUUCAACAUGGACACGUCCGAUCCUCGCUUCGCCCGGCUUUUCUCGAGCCACGAGUACGCCAUUGAUCCGACGAACCCGAGGUUCAAGGGCACGAAAGGCAUGAAGGCACUUCUCGAGGAGGGGAGGAAGAGAAAGCACGGCAGAAACAACGGCGAUGGCAACCUCGAAUCAACUGGCGAGCGCGAGGUGAGCCGGAGAGAAACAGGUGGCGCCGCCUCUUCGGAUGUAAAGAGCCUGGUCGAGAAGAUCAAGAGGCAGAGCAAAAAGUAG